AUGUCAGCAAUAGUUCCUCCACCGGGCACAGACCUCAGCCAUGAACCGCAAAGCAGCAACGCUAAUGGAGAGCCACCCAUAGAAGGGCCGACUGAUAGUCAUGUUUUAUCGCAAGUGGAACAAGACGAAAAGGGAUUAUCGCAGCUAGCGGGCAGUACCGCAGAAAUUACAAAUCUCGGAUGGAGUCAGCCUUCUGAGCACUUUGAGGCGCCAAUUAUUGGUGGACUAUCGAACGAGGAUUUGUGGAUGCUUAUCAGACGAUUUGAUAAGCAAAUUUACAACGUGAAAGCGGUGCCGAAUGCUCCUCUACAGAAUCUUGACUUGAUUCGAUCUGGCGACGAUGAAUUCUCGCCGGAGAAACUAAGAACUACACUGGAAAGAUUUUACACCACGGUUUUCAUUGGUUUGACAGGUUUAGUCAAACAAAUUGCUCGUCUAAGAUCUUGGAAAGAGCCUCGACGAACAGCUAUUUUCUGUACAGUAUAUACUGUGGCUUGGCUUUUGGAUCAGCUCGUUCCAGCCCUACUAACGACAUUGUUUGCCUUGAUUGUCUAUCCACCCUGUCGGCCGAUUUUGUUUCCACCGGCACCUCUUGCUCUUGUGGAUAAGAGCACCGGUGGCGUUCAGAAGCCCAUGGCCGGUGUGUUAGGCUCUCAUGAUAGCAUGACCGGUGCACCAGAAAACUUCAAAGGCGAGGCUGCUGAGCAAGAAGCCAGCAACUUAGUGUCAGAUGUCGCUACUGUUGCUGUGGGUAGUGCUGUUGGGAAAAAUGAUCAAGCUGUCCCAGAAGGUGCACCCCUGGAAGAAUCUGUACCGGAUGCAACGGAUAUCGUUGCCAGUUCCGCGGAUGCACGGAGCGCCGCAAAGGGAGGGAUACCUGCAGAUUCGCAUGACAAAACCCGACAGCCCAUGAAGCAGUCUGUCCUGGAUGCUGCGAAUCUGUCUAUGCAGGUCAUCAGCGACAUAACGGAUACGUAUGAGAAAUUUGGAAAUGCUUUAGCGGGUACAGCCCCAUUUCCAAGAACUAUGCCUCGGCUACGACUGGGAUCGGUGAUAGCAGUAUUGUGUCUCACAUCGGCAUUUGUAUCGAGCUACGUAUUCAUGAAAGCCAGUGGCUUUAUUGUUGGGGUUGUCUUUUUCGGAGAUCCCAUUAUCUGGCGCGGCAUAAAUUUCUUGGACUUACAUGUCCCUCAAUGGCAAAAAUAUUUACUGCCACAAAAUUCACUGCUCAAAGGAAUCCCUACCAAUGCCCAAUUAACCCUUACCCUCUUGCGAAUCGGCGAGGCCAACGCAUCACCAUUGCCACCACCUCCAACGUCUAAGAGCAAACCAUCAUCUCGACCAGCCUCAAUCCACCACGAGGAGCUUACCCUUGGUGCUACGGACGCAGAAAUUACCGAAGCUGCCUUGCCCGAGCCCAAGCUCGUACCGGUGAAGCCCAAGGCUUCAUCCUCCCCAACACCCUCACAUGGCUGGUCAUCCAGAAUAAUCGGCUUCUUUCGUGGGACUACUGCCACAGGGGUGGAGAGCAAGAGAGGUGUCGAUAGGGUGCGCGCAAUUGUUGGCUCUAGGCAUGCUGCAAACCGACUUGGAGUGCUACGCCCAAAGGGUAAAGAAAGUUUACCCACCGGACCUAUAGGCUUUGAGGCGAGAUACAAAGGUAAGCGUGGGGCUGUCAUUAUUGACUCCAGCAAAGAGCCUCCGGUGCUGUACUUUACAACCGACAUCCAGCAUAGCGAUGCCCGAGUGGAAAGCCGGAAGGCUGGCUCCGUGCUGUUCACUCUUCCAGUGACCGAUAUUCGAGAGAUGAAGAAGCAGGGUGGAAUGGGCUGGAAAGGCAAAUUGGUUGUUGGCUGGGCUAUGGGGGGCAAGGAAGUCGUUGAUGGACUGCUCAUUGUCGGCAAAGAGCCGCGUCAAUCAUACCAGCUGACGGCGAUGGUAAUGAGAAAUCAGCUCUUUAAUAGGCUGAUUGCUAUCGAUGGACAGGUGUGGGAACGCUGUUGA